GGUCGUCGCGAUCUUUAUACGAAAAGAUGAUCAUCGAAUCACAUGAAUAGUUUGGCUACGACUGAGAUUUCAAAGCAGAGAGCCAAAAGCGAUCACACCCACUUUCUCUCUCUACAAAUUCUUUCAUCUCUUUGUAGUGAUUCGUCGACUAUACACAAAGCUAAUCUGGUUCAUUGUGUUCAAAAGCUAUAUCAACAGUCUAUCUUUUGCUUCCUUUUUGGAAUUCAUUGUCUGUGAUCGACUAUAGACCCUUCAAAAUCCAGAGAUCUUUCAGGUUUUAAUCCUCUCUGUUGCGAUCCCUUUGUGAAAACCCAUUUUAAAGCAUGAUCUCAUCUGUGAAGCAAUCGACGGUGACUAUCAGUGGUUCUAAUAUUUUCGGGCGAAAGUCGGCAGUGCCGACGGGGAGAUUUUCUGUUCUGCCACCACUUACGGUGAAAGGUCUCCGGAGCUCCUCUGUCUCCAUCGCGAAACCGUUGUUUGUCUCUUCAAUUGAAGGUUUUGGGUCCUUGAAACGACCAUCGUCCAGAAAUGAAGAUGAGAAGAAGUCUUGUCUGAUAACAUGCAAGGCCUACGAGGCCGAUGGAUCACAGCCGAUCCAACCGGAGACGCGAUCUGAAGCAGCGCAGAAGCUCAAGAUCAGUGUCUACUUUGCGACAUGGUGGGCUUUGAAUGUCAUCUUUAACAUCUACAACAAAAAAGUGUUGAAUGCUUUCCCUUUCCCUUGGCUUACAUCCACUCUCUCGCUCGCUGCUGGCUCUCUCAUAAUGUUGAUUUCAUGGGCCACAAGAAUCGCUGAAGCUCCCAAAACUGAUCUCGACUUCUGGAAAACCCUAUUCCCCGUGGCUGUGGCACAUACAAUCGGGCAUGUGGCUGCUACAGUAAGUAUGUCGAAAGUGGCUGUGUCAUUUACUCAUAUCAUAAAGAGUGCUGAGCCUGCUUUCAGUGUGUUGGUUUCGAGGUUCCUGUUGGGUGAGACUUUUCCUGUGCCGGUUUACUUGUCCCUUGUUCCCAUCAUUGGUGGUUGCGGCCUUGCUGCCCUUACCGAGCUUAACUUCAACAUGACUGGUUUUAUGGGAGCCAUGAUAUCGAACUUGGCUUUUGUAUUUCGGAACAUAUUUUCGAAGAGAGGCAUGAAAGGGAAGGCUGUAAGUGGCAUGAACUACUAUGCAUGUCUCUCUAUGUUGUCUCUGUUAAUUCUCACGCCUUUUGCAAUUGCCGUGGAGGGACCACAAAUGUGGGCAGUUGGAUGGAAAAAAGCCAUCUCUCAAAUUGGACCAAAUUUCAUUUGGUGGGUAGCAGCACAGAGUGUGUUCUAUCACCUCUACAAUCAGGUGUCAUACAUGUCUCUGGACGAGAUCUCUCCCUUAACGUUUAGCAUCGGAAACACCAUGAAACGUAUAUCUGUCAUAGUCUCCUCCAUCAUUAUCUUCCGUACUCCUGUUCAGCCCAUCAAUGCUCUUGGAGCUGCCAUCGCUAUCCUUGGAACCUUCUUGUAUUCCCAGGCAAAACAGUGAGAAAUAUGGGAAUGAGGAAUUUAGAUAUGUUCCGUAGCAUAAAUUAUGGGAGAAAUGGCGGUGUAAAGAUUUCUUCUUAAGGCGUUGAUAAUUGCUGCUUUAUGGUUACAUAACCACCGGAAACGAGUAAGGUGGACAGCAGCUUUUGGUGUUGUAGAUAAGAUAAUAAGUGAGUUUGUUUUAAUCUUGAUGGAUUUUAUGGAGGUGGUUAGGGAGUUUUUUCCAUUUUUGUUUUUCUAGGUUCCUCAUGAGAUUGAGGAUAGAUUUCUUACAAUAAACAAGGAUAAUGUCCGAAGUUUUGUCUGUUUGAAGACCAAUAAUAGUGCAAUGAAUUAUGAGAGAUCCCAUUUCAACUA